AUGCGGAGGCGCUUGCUCAGGAAUGUGGCACGAGCUCUUGUUGUCUCUGUUGGGGCCAACCCCCUGCUCCAUCUCAUCAAUCUUUUACCAAGCGUUUUGGGAAAGCCAAUGCAACAGGGAUGGCGUGAGCCAUAUUCCGCUGCGAGCGGAAUGGUCAACCAUCCAACUACCAUACCCCCGCAAAUGACUUAUAGUAAUAUUCCACAGCCACCGGAUGCCAAUAUGAACUUAGUGCCCUGGUAUUAUCCAGGAAUGAUCUUCGGCGGGUUUAUGCCAACCCCAGCGGGAGGAAAUCCUGCCCGAACUCAUGAACUGAUGCCGAAUCCGCCAAUUCAGAUGCCACCGAUGGGGUAUCAAACAAACUUCGCCCACCAAUGGCAUCCCGGGCCUGAUGGACAAACGGCACCUCAAAUGGGACAUGUGCCGAACUUCCCAGGGGAUUGGCAUCCUGGGUCGGGUGGAUACAUAGCAUCACAAAUAGGACAUCGACCGAUACCAAACUUCGCACACCAUCGGCAUCCUGGGCCGGGUGGAAAUAUGGCGCCUCAAAUGGGACAUGUGCCGAGCUUCCCAGGGGGUAUAGCACCACAAAUAGGACAUCAACCGAACUUCCCAAGCAAUUGGCAUCCUGCGCCAGGUGGAAAUGUAGCACAUGGCCACUUUCCUGGGAACACUUUCUCUAGGCCGGGCCGUGAAACGCAAAGCACAGGGUCUGGAAAUUUCAAUCAAGUAAAUAGGGGCAAAACUCAAAUCUGGCGCAAUAAGGACCUUUCCAGCGGAAAAGGGUCUCAACAGGGCCCUCUAGAGUCAGCUACAGCCCCAAUGUCAAACAGAAAAGCAACCGAGACCCUUGGUAUUUCGCGAGAAUUGAGCAAUAUGGAGAUCCCAGAUACUGCAAUGAUCAUAGAAAGGCGAGAGAAGUUGAAACCACAGUGCACAAGCUUAGCUGAACAUGAGAUCAAAAAAAUAAAUGAUAAAUUGAUUAUGCUCGCCCAAGGAGCUCCUGAAGCGUCUCAUGGGGCUUCAAAAGAAUCCCAAGUAGAGAAGGGUACAAAUCCCAAUGGGAUUCAAAAGAUAUUGGGGAGUGCAGAAAAAGAAUCAGAACCACCAUUGAAAGAAUUGUCAGAGAUGGAAAAGUUUCCCACAGCAAGUCAAGGCCAGAUCAAAUCGCAAGAAUUUCCAGAGGUGGCCAAGGUUUCAAAAGCAGUUGAAGAGCUGCUCAGAGAAGUGAAUAACUAUGUACACAUAUCUUCUCAAACAAGCUCUGCGGAGUUCCAUGUGAAUCCAAACGCUUCUAAAGAGGAUUCAAAGGAUUGGGAAGCAAUCACAGGUGGCCCAAAAGCUUCAAAACUAUCUGGAAAUUCUGAUAAAACUGAAGCAAAAACAAAGGACAAAGCAAUAGCUUCCAAAGUUGAAAACUCUCAAUCUGUUUUAACUAGUAUUCCUGAAUUCAAGAAAGGAGUCAAGAAUUCGUUUGAAAAUGAUAAAAAGAAGAAAGCCACAAAAUCCAAUAGUAAAGCAGCAGUUUCAAUUGAAGAAAUUCCAGGAACAAGUAACAACCAGAUCAAGGAAUUGCAUGCUGACUCAAUCAGUUAUACUGAAGAUUAUUCUUUACACAGGAAUCUAGAGGGUAAUUCCAAUGACUCCCAAGACAAUAUCAAGAAUUUGGAGGUCAAAGUGGAAGACCCACAUUCUAAUAAAGAAGAAAAACUCAUACAAGGGAAAAGGUAG